AGUAAAUUAAUGCCAAAUGUUUUUGAAUUAAAAAAGCUUGUUGAAUUACAAUAAUUGAAAAAAUAUGCAUUGCAUUUACCGUACCUGCAUUUAAAUGCGUUGAAUUUUUAAGUCUUGCAUUAUUACGGGCUGAAAUUCAACAUGGUUGUAUAUUUAAGACAUGAAUAUUUCAAUUAAAAACAUUUCAAACAGAUUUUCAUAAUCAAAAAUUCAAGAAUUCAUAUUCACCUUUCAGAUUUCACUUCCAAAAUAUUUGAUCUGUUUAAAAAUACAACCUAUAAUAUUCAACAGGCAAGUUUCAGUCCAUUUUAUUUCGCUUUACAAAUUCGCUUCCACAAAUUCAGUGGUUCAAAUUCGACAGUAAAUUCAACGUUUCACAUCCGGGAACAACAGGAAAAUCAGUCGAUUACCGAUCAUAAUCUCAUCUGCUGUAAAUCGUCUUCACCAGCAGGAGGUGCAAGCGCAUCUUUUUCUUGACAAGCAUCAAAGCAACAGACACGAGAGGCAUUCAUAAAACAUCAUUUGACGAAAUGGACCGAGCGCAAUUGCUUUUGGAUUAUGUUUUGGAAAGACUCCUUCACGCUUGGAAAAUGCUGUUGGACGCCUACCCCUUGACAUGGACUACCUGGAGUUUAUCUGCUCUCAAGAAUUAGUCUUUUUAAGUGCUGUGUCCAAUUUAGUUACCAUCCCACCUGAUAUUUUCGAGGGCAUCACAGAACUGCUCAGACUAGUUCGACUAAACCUGUCAGACGGGGAGACGCGCACUUCGACUAUUAUGCAGGAGUCAGGGUCGAUGGGACGACCACGUCUUCUAAUCUCACCAGACUACAUCACCAAUCUCCUGGACAUGAACUUUUCUUUUCCAACCAUUGCUUGCAUGAUUGGAGUAAGUACACGCACAGUUUUCAGACAAAUGGCUGAAUGUAACCUCUCCAUUCGGGCACGAUAUAGCACUCUCACCGACGAAGAGUUAGAUGAUUGUGUGACAGAUGUAAAGCAACACAUGCCUCAGUGUGGAUACAGAAUGAUGAGAGCAGCUUUAAAGGCGCGAGGACACCAAGUGCAGUUCGACCGGGUCAGGGCAGCAAUGCACCGAGUAGAUACAGUGGGAGUCGCGUCCCGAAUGGCACAGUUGGGCUGCGUGGUACGAAGGACCUAUUCAGUGUCAGGUCCUAGGUCAAUAAUGCACAUUGACACCAACCAUAAACUGAUUCGCUACAAUAUAGUCAUCUUCGGGGGUGUGGAUGGCUUUUCACGCAAGAUAAUGUACCUUGGAGCUGCAUCUAAUAACCUUGCUAAAACCACCUUGGAUUUUUUUCAAGAAGCAGUGGAAACAUUUGGCUUCCCUCUCAGGGUACGAGGAGAUCAGGGUGUCGAAAAUGUGGACGUGGCCCGCCUGAUGUUCACAGUUCGUGGGACAGAAAGAGGAAGCUUUAUUUCAGGAAAGAGCGUCCACAAUCAGCGAGAGGUUGUGGAGAGACGUCUGGUCAUCAGUGACAAAUGUCUACUAUGAUGUUCUGCAUGCUUUGGAAGAAGGUGGCCACCUUGAUAUUUCUGACCUUACUGAUCUGUUCUGUUGCCACUAUGUAUUUCUCCCACGGCUUCAAGAUGAUCUCAACCUAUUCCGAAACACCUGGGACAAUCACCCAAUACGCACAGAGGGUAAUAUGUCUCCUAACCAGCUGUGGGUGAUGGGAAGUGUCCGCAAUGCUGUACCUGAGCCUGACAUAGAGGUAUGUUUGUGGAUUUUGACAGUAAAAACUUUGAGUAAUCACACUGUAUUCAAUACAAGACAUUUAAUUUUUAUACUGUAUUGAUGCAACUUUAUUCUCUGUUCAGAACAGUAAUUGGUAUCGCAUUUGUAACAUUAAAUGCUCUGUUAUUGUUUGAAGGGAUUAAGCAUACCACAAAUAGACUGGGAGAGUAGUGGACUGAGUGUGGAUGCCCAUUCCAGUAUUGUCGUGCCUCAAACCGAAAGUCCCCUGACUGAUGAGCAAAUAGAAGCACUCAGAGAAAAUGUAGACCCAAAAGGACCUUCACAGACUUUUGGCUGGGACAUCUAUCUAGCUUCACUUCAUUUUUGCCAAUCGAUUAUGGAAUAAAUGUGAUUGUCAUCUGCUUUAAAGAGGCAGGCUUCUAGCAGAAACAAUUAAGAAAUAAUUAAUA